GAUACAUUAUUCCCAGUGAGACCCGCGUGUCUAGAUACACACGACGCCGGGGAUGACAGAGACAGAGACAGAGAAUUGUCCCCGACACCUGGAGGACCGGUUCGGCCCGGACCCCGUGCAGUCCGCGCCGGGCUGGAGAAUCCAGCAACACUAUGUGAACAAGGUGCUGGUCGGCAACUGGGCGGAGGAUCGGCUGAAGUUCAUCAAGGGAUCGUGCUUUGGGACCACCACGUAUCGAGCCGAUUACAAGCGCUACCCGUUCGUGCCGGCCGAUGUCAAGGAGAAGAUUUUGAUCCGGCAGAAGCACAAGGGCGUCCCCCUUUCAGUUUUCUUCUCUCACCACGACAUCCCUCGCUCCUGGUAUCUCGUGAGUCAUUACGAUGAAGCAAUGAACAAACGGCCAAACCCGUGCCUGCCUCCACUGCGUACGUGGGAUAAGAGAAAUGUGGUUUGGCGUCCUGAACGAACAGAUUACCCAAUAAUAGCUCCGCCUACUAACUUUGGCCUCGUGCAAGAGAAGAUGGCAAAGUUGCACAACCAGAAGCUGCGACAUCAUACGAUGUACCAGAGUGUGUACAACGUCUCCUACGGGCCACACUCCAUUGCACACUUAUGCCUGUGACAACCCAACAGCAGAUCCAGGAUGCCCCAUUCCCACAACAUCCUUGCAUCUUCCCCAGCCCACCUAGCACAGCAACGGGGCAAGGCGGACCUUCAAAGGUCACGGGUGGAUUCAUCAAGGUGUUGUAUUGGAUGCACAUCGACCCCAACAGAAUGGACCAGAGCACGGAACUCAUGGACACCUAUCAAACAAAAACUAUCUUGAAAAUAAUAUGCAGUAACGAACUUCUGCCAUUUGUGCUGUGUGUUUGUAUCUAUGUUACUGAACCUGGAAGGAGAUCAUAAGGUCGUAAGGGAUAGGACCAGAAUUAGGCCAUUCGGCCCAUCAAGUCUACUCCGCCAUUCAAUCAUGGCUGAUCUAUCUCUCCCACUCAACCCCAUUCUCCUGCCUUCUCCCCAUAACUCCUGACACCCGUACUGAUCAAGGAUUUAUCGAUCUCUCUGCCUUAAAAUUAUCCACUGACUUGUGGCCUCCACAGCCGUCUGUGGCAAAGAAUCCCACAGAUUCACCACCCUCUGACUAAAGAAAUUCCUUCUUAUCUCCUUCCUAAAAGAACGUCCGAAAAGAUGUGGUAUUAUGGUUAAACAAAAGUACUUGAGGAACUCACUGAGUCAGGCAGUGUCUAUCGAGGGAAAUGUACUCGUUCCAGCUUGAUGGUAUUUUUAGGUUUAGAACAUGUACUGAGGUACAGUGAAGAGCUUUGCACUGCCUGCUAU